AUGAAUCCUUUUGUAAAAGAUGGAUUUUCAAAUUGGAAGAAGGGCGAUGAAAGAAUUAGUGGUCAUGAAAACAGUUCUGUACACCAGGUAUGCACGAUGAAAUGGCUUCAUCAAGAAAAUUAUUGGAUCGAUAUUUUAAAACGUGUUUUUGAAGCUAUUCGUUUUCUUUCGACACGAGGUCUUGCAUUUCGAGGUAGUCAUGAAGUGAUUGGAGUUACGGAUAAUAGUAGUUAUUUAGGAAUACUUGAGUUGAUUGCUAAAUUUGAUCCUGUGUUGAUAGCACACAUAGAAAAUUAUGUGUUUGAUCACAUUGUUGAUGAAAUUAUUAAAUCUAAGUAUUUUGGUAUUGUCGUUGAUUCAACUCCAGAUCUUGCCCAUAUUGAUAAGCUGUCGAUAAUCAUACGUUAUUGUUUGAAUGGUACAGUACAUGAACGAUUUCUUGGCUUUGUCUCUUUUCAUAGUCUUACUGUUGAAGCUCUAGGCUGCAAUGAAGUAUUAUUAAGAAACAGUAAAAAAAGUAGUAAGACUUUAAGAAGUCUCUCCAGUAUACGGUGUUCUUGUCGUAAUGAUGCUAUUGAAGCAUUAGCUGGUAAUUAUGAUGAGAUAUACAAUACGUUAUCUGACAUUUCUAAAGAUAUGAAUGAAAAUGCUUACACUCGUUAUGAUGCCAAUUUAAUUAAGAAAAAGUUAAUAAAAUUAGAAAUAGCUUUUAUGACUAUUUUUUGGAAAUGUGUUCUAGGCAGAUUCAAUGCUACAAGUGUUUAUUUACAAAGAAUUAAAAUUGAUAUGGUUACUGGUAAUAGUAUGCUACAAUCGUUGAUAACAUUUGUUGAUGAACUCAGAAAUGAUUUUGACGCAAUUGAAAAUAAAGCAAAAAUAUCGAGUCUCUCAGUUAAUAAAGAAUGGUCUAAUGAAGGAAAAAACAAACGUAAAAUUAUUCAAAAAUAUUCGGAUGGUACUACAGGUCAUGAGAGUUUAAAAGGUAGAGAUACAUUUAGAGUCAACACUUUUUUUGUUAUCAUUGAUAAAUUGCAAACCGAAUUAAAAAAACGUAGCUCAGCUUAUGACAAUAUAACAAACUUUUUUGGAUUUUUGACUCGCUUGGACGUGAUUGAUGAUAAUUUAUUGAAAAAAUCCGUAAAUAAUUUAGUCAAAGUUUACUUUCGUGAUCUAGAAGAAAGUCUAUACGACGAUUUGAAACAAUUCAUUGGUAUAGUUAAAGUGAAGGAAGAUAAUAAAUUAAUAAAAAACCCGGUUAACAUGUUACAAAUGAUUGUUGAAGAUAAUCUCUCGGGCGUUUUUUCACAUAUUUAUGUAGCGUUCUGA